AUGGAAAAGCUUAUUACAGUUAAUGAUUCGAAACUAAACUCUUUCAAACAGAAUACAUGGAUAGAUACAGAAGAAAUCAUGGUUGCAGUUCCUUGCGAAUACAAAAGAGAGAAGAAAAAAUUUACCAAUGGUUUUUUGGUAUGCACAUAUGGUACAAACUACAUUUAUAAACAAAAGAUGCUGAAUAAACCACAUCUCAAGUUUGUUUUCCAUUUGCUUGACUGUAAUAAAUUCCAUGUCCAAGGCGACAAGAUUGUUUUAACAUAUGAUACAUGCAACGUCGAGUUGAAAAUGCAGAAUAUGGAAGAAGUUGCUUCAAAAAUGCUGAGAAUUUUUUCAGAGAUGACAUUUAAUUGCAAAGAAGUUGAGUUUAUGAAAAUUCAAACAGACAUUUCAAUUCCUGAUUACAAAGUUACCAAGCGUGUUCAAAACUCAUUAGUUAAUAGAGCUUUAUUUUUAUCUCAUUUUUACAAUACUGAUGGAGAGAUGCUUGUAUCCAAAGAUUACUUCAAGAAACUUGAUGAAAAGCCAACAAAGAAUCUUGUCAUCAGCAGAAGAUUGCAUCCUGGCAACUAUGCCGCACCUUUCGGCCACGCCAUAGCUUGGGAAACAUUUUUAGAUACAGUAACAUUCCAGAAAUUCACAGCCUUAAAGUUCCCACGAAUGUUGGAUGCUUUAUUGCAAAAUUCUCAAACAAUCGACAGAAUCGCAUUCACAGAUUACAAUGACAAGUAUACUCCUACAUUCGAGAUGGAAAAUAUCGAUUCUACGAACAUCAGAAGGUUCUGGUUUUUGAGAUGUAAUUCUCAAACGAUUAUCAACUUUUUUGAAGCAUCAGAGAACCUUCCAACGCCAAUGAAAGAAAUAGUUAUCUCACAAUCUGCAUUCAGAGCUCAAGAAUUUGCAGAUAUCGUAAAGAAAAUUACAAAAUCUCAAAGUGCAAGCGAAGUAAAGAAGUUUUUCGUUUCAAAGCUGAAGAUAAAACCAUUCCCAUUCCAUGAUAUUUCAAGACUUCUCUCCGUUGCUAACUAUCUAGAAUCUUUUAUUUUCAGAGAUGUCGAUGCCGACGCAUCCAGCGUAAUUAGAGCCAUCUGCAACGCUACAACACAUGUAAGGGCCAUUGUUUUAACUCACAUGACCUUCAAAUCCGACAUUCCGCUGGGAAUUGCACCACCAAAUACACUUUUAUCCAUAAAUGUCAGCAACUGCGCGUUCAAGCCAUCGACAUUCAAGUCACUCUUCGAGUUCCUCUGCUCCAAACCAGCCCAAGUACCUUUCUUCUUCCAUGGAGUAUCAUUGGCCAUAAAACCUGAAGUUUACAACAGCCUGGCAGAAUUAAACUUCGGCGCUUUGUAUCCAAAUAUCGCUGAAUUCGACUUUAGUGGCAAUAACAUUCCAUCAGAAGCCAUGAGAUACUUCUUUGCCUUCCUUUUCACUCAAAAACGAAAUCAUCUUCUUACAUUAAACGAAUGUCACCCAGAAGACCCACCGCAAUUCCUUUCCUACGUAUCUAAACUGGCCGUAAGUGUUCCUUUACUCGGUUUGGACUUAAUGGGAAAGUAUCCGGCAUCAGAAUUCGUUCCUUUCAUCGAAUCUCUUGAACAAGACCAAGCAUUGCGUAGAUUAUCUCUUAGAUGCAGAUCAGCAGGUGAUGCAGGCUUAGUCGCCUUCAAGAAACUCAUCGAACAAUUACCGGAUUUGAAUGAAGUUUCAGGUGACGGUUUCAAACCGUCGACUCCAACUCCACUUUUUGAGUUCUGGAAGAGUGUUAACGAGCAUCCUAAGAUUCAGACAUGCGGUCUACCACAAGAAGAUGUAUCUUCUCUCGGUUUGACCUCUCAGAGAAUGAAUCACGAGAUGAAUCAGUUAUUCCAAGAAUUAAAGAAGAUACCGAGAAUGAGUACAGUUUCCCAACGCUUGGAAUACAUGAUACAACAGGCAAAGAAGAUGAGUGGAAUGGAUACAACUGAUAUGUACACAACAGAUGGAACUUCAGAGAUUUUCGAGAAGACAGCAACGAUGGACUGCAAUGAUGACAACCAAAACGAGAAUGAUCAGCUCGAUGGUGAUGAUCCUCACUCAGAAGAAAUCGAUUUGGAGGAUGAUAGUAACUAA